GCUCGCUAACCCUGCUUAUCCCUCUUUGUCCGGUAGCGGCAGAAAGGCCGUGAUAAUUAUGACACAAAUUUGCGUUUUUGAAUGAAUUACAGUUGAAUGGUGGAUCAACAAGCACACACCGUGUGAGGACUGGUUUGCUGGCAAUGACACACCAGCGAGUUUCAAUUUAAAGGACAGCAGAGCAAGCAUCGGAGAAAGGUCAUAUUAGCUAAUGGCUUCCGAAUCGGGGAGACUACUGGCGGGACAAGGAAAAAGAAAAGCCUCACAGAUGAAGAGCCCGGAGAAGAAAAAGGCUCGUAAAUCCUCCACUCAGGCGGCGGGGUUCUCCCACCUCACCGAGUUUGCGCCUCCACCUACUCCUAUGGUGGAUCAUCUGGUCGCCUCCAACCCAUUUGAUGAUGACUUUGGACCUCCCUCAAGACCUAGUGGGGCAGGUGGACCAGGUGGGGCUCCGUUUCUCCCCAGCCCAGGUGCAGGUGGAGGAGGUGGGUAUGGAGGUGGUGGUAGAAUCGGUCCAGGCAUGAACUUCAUGGGAGGCCCAGGUGGACCAGGAAGUGGCCCGCCUGGACGCAGACCACCUUUUGGCCCUCCGACCAACACUGGACCACACCACCAGUUGGGCUUUGGAGGAAUGCCUGGUUUUGGAGGUGGAGGAGGCGGUGGAGGAGGUGGGGGAGGUGGAGGAGGUGGAUUUCCUCCUGGUGGCCCCUCUCAGUUCAAUAUGCAACCAAACUUCAGUCCACCCAUGCAUCCUGGGACAGGAUUUAAUUCCAUGUUGUCUCCAGGGGGAAUGGGGGGUCCAGGUGGAGGUGGUCCACCCCACCCUCGUUUUGGCAUGCCCCCUCAGCAGCAGCACGGACAGGGCGGGCACCCGUUUAACAGCCCACCAUUGCCUGGGGGCGGAGGUCCACGAGGGCCCUUGCCUCCCAUGGGAGGAGGUAUGGGUCCAGGAAUGAACAUGAUGGGUGGCAUGGGAGGUGGCCCUGGUGGCAACAUGGUAGGAGGAGGGUUGCCAGGUAUGCCCCCUCAAGGACAGUUUCCUCCCUCACAGGAUGGCCCUUAUCCUGGCCCCAGUCCACCGGGGCCAGGCACUGAAGAUGGAAAGAACUUUGGUGGAGGAGGCGGGCCUCCAGGGCCCCCGCAGCAGCAGCAGCAACAACAACAACAGCAGCAGCUUAACAUGAAUCCCAACGGUCCCCCGAAUACCAACACUACACAUGGUCCUCCCUCUAACUCUGGGCCUUCACAACAAGGGGGAGGCUUUCCCGGCCACCCAGACGUACCACAGCCCAGUGCCAACACACCCGGUCAGCCUCCAUCGGCCCCAUCACAGCCCAACCCCAACUCCUCUCCUACUGGUCCACUGAACGGAUCAGGUCAAGCCCAACAUCCUCAGUCCAGUCAGUUGCAGCCCCCAAACAACACAAAUACCCCAAACUCCAACAACUCCAAUAUGCAGCAGCAACAAUCAACUCCGCCAAAUUCUGCAGGGUCCUCCUCCUACAACCAGCAGAACAGCACUCCCGGUUCUGGUGGCUCCCUGUCCAACGCUGCCUCCAAUUCAAAUCAGAAUAACAUGACUAACAACAACGGAAGCAACACUCCUGGCAGCAACCCCAACCCUCCCUCAAACUCCACCUCGACCCCUAACACCCAGUCCCCUUUACCUUCUGGACCCACUGCCCCUACAACCGGACCCAGUUCAGGUCCUGGAAAACUUGGUGUGCCCGGUAUGGUCUUCCCUUGCGGCCAUUGUAGGACGGAGGUACAUGACGACCAGGACGCCAUCCUUUGCGAGGCUUCUUGCCAGCGCUGGUACCACCGUGACUGUACAGGCCUUACAGAACCGGCAUAUGGGCUGCUGACGACAGAGAGCGCUGCCGUUUGGGCCUGUGACAACUGCAUCAAGAGCAAGGACAUACAGGCCGUGAUUGUUCGCCAGCCUUUAGGCCAGCUGGUGGCGGCUAACGAGAGCUGAGCAACAUUGAUUGGACAAACAGACUAACUGAAUGAACCGUGCCAUGUCACCUUUGUCUCAGCCAGCCCUUCACCCAUUCACUACACAUAGCGACACACUCAUCGACUCUCAUGCUUAUACGUAGCACUUUGAGUGACUCUUGGCAAAUCAAUUUUCUUAAACCCCCCCCACCCCACCUGAUUGGAGUUCAGAAUCUAAAUGAAUGUUUUGCCCGCAGGGUCCUUGAGAGAUCUGCUUGCCAAUCAGCAAAGCACUGACACCAACACACUACCUCAAACAGCUUUUGACUGACUGGCACAGAAACUUGUGCACUGACGGACCGAAUGGUGUGUGCGGUGAGAUUUCCAGCUCACACUCUCAGAAAUUCAAUUCAGGCGGGGAACGUAAUUUUUAAAUGCCCACUUUGUGCUGAUAGGAGCUCAGAAGAUUACUGAUUUUAAAUAGGAGAAACCCUGGAACAGCCACCGGAAAGAACAGGGUUCCUACAAAGCUUGAAAAUCUCAACUUUUUCCUCUUCAUCCAUCUUAGUAUCCUUGCCUUUACCUUAUCUCCUACAUUCAGUUUCUUCUUCGCCUCUCCUUCUUACCCUACUUCUGUUUUCCUUUGUGUUUCCUUUCCCAUGUCAUUUCUUCUUUACUUAAGCCCUUCCCUGUGUACUUUAUACUUUUAUCCUGUCCUGUGUGACUCGAUUCCUGCCAUCAUUUAUUCUGUGCUUCCUUUCUGUUCAUGUAUGUCUUUGAUCUCUAGUGCCAUCUUUUUUUUUAUCCCUCCAUCUGCCCAUCCAAUCUUUCCAUGCAUUAAAAGUUCAAUUAAAUGUCUAUAUCUUAAAAUUAUCUAAAAGGAUUAGAGACAUGGAUUUUUUUACUCUCUAAAUCUGAGGUAUAUGUAGGAACCCUGUAUAAUGGUCUCAUGAAUUUGCAGUUUAAUUUCUACAGAAAUGCUUCAGUUCACCACUGCCCUUUCACAUUGUUGGCCUUUUACUGAGAGCAAGGGGAAAAACUGAAAACAAUAUAUGAGUAUAUGGCAGUAUAAACAUGUCAGUAUUAAGUGUUUUGUGGAAUCUAAAUCUUACAUGCACAUGCUUUAACCCUGCUUACUGCAUCAUUCUGUAUCCAGUGCUGGUUAUUCCAAAGGACUACAAGGUCGGGAUCUCAUCCACGUUUCACAAAGGAUCUCGCCACCCACUAAAAAAGAAACAUAAAACAUAAACUUGUAAAUAUACGGACAAAAUAUUUGUCUAGAGUUCCCAUCACUUGUGAACAAGUCGCAGAGUCAAACCGGUGAUCAAAAAAAUGAUGAGUUAAAUUUAUGUGUCUUGGUUGUGUACAUGGUGUUUUGGGUUUUAUACGGUCUUCUUUUUUUUAUCUGCAGUGCUCAUGAAAUUGUGAAUCCAGUGCUUUUGCACGGUGUUGGCAUAGCAAGUAGUGACAUGUCUCAUUUCACAAUGUGCAUAGUCCUUAACAAAACUAGUGGUGGGAGAUGCAUGCGAUCCAAUGCAGCAACUGUCUAUUAUUUUCAGGAUUCUGCCCUGCAGGAAACCUUGAAGUAGACCAAAUACCUGAAGAGGAAAGAAAAUUACUAAUUUUUACAUUUCUCUUGCAGUAUAAGGUGUUUAUAUCUUCUUCUUACUUGUCAUUUUUUUCUUUAUUACAUGUCCGAGUUGCCUUUCUUUUGACGCUAUCAUUCGUUUCCUUUUUUUUGUACUGCUAUUUGUGCUGUGCUCUUGCUCUGCUCUGGUGCCUCCUGGUGGAACCAGCAGGUGCUACAUGCGGUGGGGAAGUGAGAGGUACUAAACUCUGAAGUAAAGAACGUUUGUUUUUUUGC